GCUUGCCUGACAAUGUUCUGUGCCAUUCGACUCUGAUCCGUUCUCACACACAUAUACACAUAACAUCUGAGACGAGACCAGCCUGCUAGUAGGCCCUGCCCUAGAGCCCUGACUGAGACGAAUGUGUGGGCUCCUUAGGGUGCUGUUACCAUGAUGGCAAAUCCCACAGUCAUCAUACAGCCAGGGGCAACCUUCCCUCCUGACAGCCCCAAGACUGGACUGUGGAGCAGCUCAGUAUGUGACUGCUGCGAAGACAUGGGCAUCUGCUGUUUUGGCUUCUGGUGCCCUUUGUGCUUGAUGUGUAAGACAAGCGAACAGUUUGGAGAGUGCCUCUGCCUCCCCCUGCUGGAAGUUUUCUUCACCGGCGGGAUACCGCCAGUCACAUACUCUAUGAGAAGCUCCAUGAGAGAGAGAUUCCGCAUUCGGGGCACGCUGUGUGAUGACUGCUGCGUGACGACCUGCUGUAAGCUCUGUGUGUGGUGUCAGAUGGCCAGAGAGCUGAAGUAUCGCAGACAGACCCAAGUGUUCGUUAAUCCACCCGUGAACCCAUCCUACAAUCAACCGCAGCCUUACGGCCAGCCGUACGGGCCAGUCCAGCCUCAGCCCAUGGGACUCUAUCCGCCUCCACUACAAUGACGAGGCUAAAGUUUAGCUUUGUUGAUUAAUAAUCGCUUAUGCCGCAUUUUAUACUAUAAAGACAUAAAUAUUAAAAAGUUAGUACCAAUUUUCAAUAAAACGUCCUUUAUUAAGGGUGCAUGAAAUAUUAACAAUUCGUUUAUUAGUAAUUGAUUUUUAGGUCAUGAAAACAUUGAAUAUAUUUAAUAAAUUUGUCUAUAUUGUUUAAUAGUGCACCUACAUUCGCCUAUACUGUUGAACCUCUUUAUUACUCGAUCUUGCUGGCUAUGGACUUUAUCUUUUCUAUCGUUUGCAUUAUACUUUUCAUAUGUCAUCUUCAUCUCAUAUGUGUUAAUAGGUUGUUAGCAUAAAUAGGUGUAUAUUUAUGAUCUAUCUACUAAACAGACCCUUUAUAAGUGAGGUCAUAUUGUAAAGUGGCACCAAAAAGUUUAACUAUAGUCUCUACAAUCUAUAAUAAUUACCACAGAGAGAUUAAUCCACUCCGAAUGUAUUUUACAUAGCAUCUGUUUUUCUUAUAAUCACAGUUAUACUAAAUUCACUAUGAACAAGCAAUAUUAUAUAUAUAAAAACAAAAUUGAUGUUUAUGUAAGGGUCCAAUUUGUCCAAAUUGUACCUGCAAAUACUAGAUAUAUUUUGAAUACAUAUCAGCUCCCUAGUUUGAAGAGUUUGGGCAUCUUAAUAUAAAGAGAUAUUCAAUAUUUCAAUAAAUAAAAUACAAAUGUAUGUGG